ACAUCAUCUCUAACAACGAGGCCGAAUGAAUAUAUUUUCGGUGGUAAAAUUUUCGUGUGUUUUUUUGUAAAUAAUAGCAAAUUGCGCACUUUAAAACUUUGUGAAUAAGUAGCGUAGCCUGAGAACAAACCCAGCAGUACAGUCAGAAAGUGUCGCUAUCUAGGCAUAAUCUACAAAUAUUAUUUUGUACAGUGCGUGCGUCGAAUAGACUGGUCAGCGGCCAUUUUGAGCACAGGCAAACGUCAGCACCCUUUGUACAAUUUUCCUACUGAACUACGAUAAAAUCCGUACUUCAGAAGCCGCUGAGAGAAUUUACGCGCAGAGUCGAAAGCUUGCUGAACGUAAACAAAACCAGUAACAAAACUUAUCACAAGAAAUGGCUGAUGAAGAUAUCACACUGAACGAGGACCAGCUCUUGGAGUCGAUGGAAGAGACUAAUGGCGAGCAGGAGACUGAAAUUGUGACAGAGACUGAGGAGGAAGGCAGCAUGCAAAUCGACCCCGAACUGGAGGCCAUUAAGGCCCGUGUCAAAGAGAUGGAGGAGGAGGCCGAAAAAAUAAAGCAAAUGCAGUCUGAAGUGGACAAACAAAUGGCCGGUGGGUCCACAACCGGUCUAGCCGCAGUGCCGCUUUCCCUCGAGGAGAAGCAGGAGAUUGACACGAGGUCCGUCUAUGUGGGGAAUGUGGACUACGGGGCAUCUGCGGAGGAGCUCGAGGCACACUUCCAUGGAUGCGGCACCAUCAACCGGGUAACAAUCCUGUGCAACAAGGCUGACGGCCAUCCCAAGGGCUUUGCUUACAUUGAGUUUGGCUCAAAGGAGUUCGUUGAGACGGCCCUGGCCAUGAACGAAACCCUGUUCAGAGGUCGACAGAUCAAGGUCAUGUCAAAGCGCACAAAUCGCCCUGGCCUCUCCACCACAAAUCGCUUUGCCCGCGGCAGCUUCCGGGGGCGAGGAGCUCGUGCAUCAAGGGCCUGCUGUCACUCGACCUUCCGAGGUGCUCGCCGAGCAAUAAGGGGUUACCGCGGGCGUGCCAACUACUAUGCUCCCUACUGAUCGUUGUUAAAUAGAACCCACUAGUAAGAUUUUUUUACCAAUUUAUU